CUUCAAAGCUUUUUCUUUAUUAUUAUUUUACUUGCCAAUAUGCAGUUGGGAAAUGAAGCAAACUGUGUUCAUCAAAUUGUAAACCAGACGACGACCUUAUCCAAUUCCGUAUCCUUCUCCAGUAACCGAGCGACUUCUUAUUCUGCAAGAUUCGACAGCGAGGAAUACAUUGCCAAUGGAAUUCUUGAGCAGGAAAAACUUGACCCAAGUAUCAUAAUCCGUGAUGUAACCUUACAUCCGUCUGAACAUGCGAUAACUGGUGAAUAUGGGACGACACUGUGUGACAUUUUUUGGGAUUACCCCGAUCUUUCACUGGGAGAUCGAAGGAUUUGAAACUGUUCUUCCAUAAAUGUUUACUGAACAAAGUUGCGGGAAAUGAGAAUGACAUCGCAUUAAAGUUUCACCCAAGGAAAUGACCUUUUUUAAAAUAAAAGAAAUCUAUAAUAUAAUUUAAACAAGAG